AUGGCCCACGUGAGACACUUUCGGACAUUAGUUUCGGGAUUUUACUUCUGGGAAGCAGCCCUGUUACUCAGUUUGGUUGCUACAAAGGAAACAGAUAGUGCAAGAUCUCGAAGUGCUCCAAUGUCACCUUCUGACUUUCUUGAUAAAUUAAUGGGGAGGACAUCAGGAUACGAUGCAAGAAUCAGACCCAAUUUUAAAGGCCCUCCAGUUAAUGUUACAUGCAACAUAUUCAUAAACAGCUUUGGCUCCAUCGCAGAGACAACCAUGGUAGGCAUGCUUACUUUAAGAAUUAUUUUGAAUUCUUUCAGAUUGACAUUAACACUGUCCUGUCCAAUGGAUCUCAAAAAUUUUCCAAUGGAUGUACAAACAUGUAUAAUGCAAUUGGAAAGCUUUGGGUACACAAUGAAUGAUCUCAUUUUUGAAUGGCAAGAUGAGGCACCUGUACAAGUGGCAGAAGGACUCACUUUGCCCCAAUUUCUGUUGAAAGAAGAGAAAGAUUUACGAUACUGCACUAAACAUUACAAUACAGUCUCAAUUGGGAUACUUUUAAUUACAAAUCACAGAAAACUCAAGAUAAAUAAGCUCAAAUACUGUAAAAUAGAUGGUAAAAUAAACCGGAAUAACGACAUGAACCUGACAGAGGAAGCAUUCCCAAUGAUAUCUAGAUUUAUUUUACAGCUUCAUCUAAGUCUUAAACAGGAGACCAAGAGUUAUGUCCUUAAAAGAGACAAUGUUAAUACCCCAGUAACUGAAGUUUCAUACGUCAAAGCUAUUGACAUAUGGAUGGCUGUAUGCCUCCUCUUCGUGUUCUCAGCGCUUCUGGAGUAUGCAGCUGUGAACUUUGUAUCAAGACAACACAAAGAACUUCUGAGAUUUCAAAGAAAGAGAAAGAAUAAAACAGAAGCUUUUGCAUUGGAGAAGUUUUACCGUUUCUCAGACACGGAUGAUGAGGUAAGGGAAAGCCGAUUCAACUUCACAGCCUAUGGAAUGGGGCCAUGUCUGCAAGCAAAAGAUGGUAUGAUCCCAAAGGGCCCAAACCGUCCUGGCCAGGGAAUGCUGAAAAGCCCAGAUGAAAUGAGAAAGGUCUUUAUCGACCGGGCCAAGAAGAUAGACACCAUCUCCCGAGCCUGCUUCCCAUUAGCCUUUUUGAUUUUCAAUAUUUUCUACUGGGUUAUCUAUAAAAUUCUUAGGCACGAGGAUAUUCAUCAACAACAAGAUUAAGUCUCUGGAGGCAUGCAAACAAGCUCAAAUGAUCAAUUCAGAAGAAAGUUUCUUUGCCACAGUUGUGUGUAUGUGUGUGUGUGUGUGUGAGAUGUACAAAUGAUGACCGUUGUAUUAAAACAGCAUAAGGAAAAGAGCUGUAUUUUGAUUUGCUAUGCAAAGUAA